CACAGUUCUGUAAUUAAUAAUUAGGCUUUGGACUUCCUGAGUCCAAGAAGAGACUUUUCUUUCAAAUCUUUUGCGUCUCUACAAUUAUCUAUAUAAAUCACCACCACCGUUACGGCACACAUCUCUCACCGCUUAAUCUCCGCUCUAUAUUCUCUCUCUAUCUCUGUCUAGAAAACCAUUGAACAGAAUUGUAUUUCAACAUAUAAUUUUGCAAGAAACCCAAAUCUCCAAGAUUCAUACACCGAAAGGCAAAUGCAUUUCUGAUUUCUUCACUGAUCUGCAUUUCCAAUUCUUCAGCUAAAGAACAACAAAUCAGGGGAUUCUGAUUCAUAAUUGAUGACUGCUACCAUGACCAAUGGUGAGAUUCACACAGUCAGUACUAAUGGAGGCAUAACAAUUGAAAAACCUUUCAAGAUCUUUGUGGGUUAUGAUCCACGCGAAGAUAUUGCUUAUGAGGUUUGUCACCAUUCCAUAAUGAAGCGAUCUUCAAUUCCUGUUGAGAUCUGCCCCAUUAUACAAUCAGAACUUAGAAAGAAAAAUCUUUAUUGGCGUGAGAGAGGCAAACUCGAGAGCACAGAGUUCUCUUUUAGCCGUUUCUUGACCCCUUACUUGGCUAACUAUGAGGGAUGGGCAAUGUUUGUUGAUUGUGAUUUCCUCUACUUAGCCGACAUUAAGGAAUUAAGGGAUUUGAUUGAUGAUAAAUAUGCUAUUAUGUGUGUUCAACAUGACUAUACACCGAAAGAGACCACAAAAAUGGAUGGGGCUGUGCAAACUGUUUAUCCAAGGAAGAAUUGGUCUUCAAUGGUGUUAUACAACUGUGGUCAUCCGAAAAACAAGGUGUUGACGCCUGAGGUUGUGAAUACGCAAACUGGUGCUUUUCUUCAUAGGUUUCAAUGGCUUGAGGAUGAAGACAUUGGUUCAAUUCCAUUUGUGUGGAAUUUUCUUGAGGGCCAUAACAAGGUUGUGGAAGGUGACACCACAACCUUUCCUAAAGCAAUACAUUAUACUCGAGGAGGGCCGUGGUUUGAUGCAUGGAAAAAUUGUGAGUUUGCAGACUUAUGGUUAAAGGAGAUGGAAGAGUACAACAAUGAGAAGAAGAAGUUUGCUCAAGAUUAGAUGGAAUCAGGCAUCAACUGGUAGAGUGUUGUAGAAUCAUAGUUUCAUUAGUAAAGCUUAUUCUCUUAUGCUCUAUUCACAUAUUCUUUAUGGUCAAUUUCCAAUAUGUAUCCUAGAUAUGAUAUGCUUCUUGUUAUGUAUUUCUUUGCUUGAGUUAGCACAUCGGCAUUUCUGGCAUUAGAAAGCCUUGAACCUGUUUUUUAAUUGUUUUAUUGUUUAUCCCCCAUUGGACUAGUUCAUAAUUUAAUAGAAUCUGAUUGUGCAUGGCUUCCCACCUGUUUUCUUGUUA